GAUCCGACGGGCCGGGGCGCCCGCGCGCGAGGACCUCGCCGGUCCUAUUCCAGACGUUGACGAAGGAGAGGAAGAGGAGGAGGAAGAGGGCAUGGGGCCCUGUCUGCCAGUCACUCCAAAGAACUGCCUUUCUCCCCGGGGCAUCAGCGUCCUGGAGAAGCUGGUCAAAACAUGCCCUGUGUGGCUGCAGCUGGGUCUGGACCGGGUGGAGGCCGCCAGGAUCCUGAACCGGGAGGUGACCGGGACAUUCCUGGUGCGCCAGGACAGCUGCUCGAAGCACCUGGUGCUCUGCGUCCACUUCCCCGCCCUGGUCGGGAGCUCGUCCAAGGUGCUCGAAUACACCAUUAAAGAAGAAAAGUCGAUACUGUACCUGGAAGGCUCGGUUCUUGUGUUUGAGGACAUCUUCAGACUGAUCGCGUUCUACUGUGUCAGUAGAGACUUACUGCCCUUCACGCUGAGGCUGCCGCAGGCCAUCCUGGAGGCCAGCAGCUUCACAGACCUCAAGACCAUCUCCAGCCUGGGCCUGGGCUUCUGGGACUCCUCGCUGAACUCCCGCCGAGCAGGUGGCGGCCCAGCAGGACACUGCAGAGACCCAGCCCCCAGGGCACCCCCCGCCUCCCGCCCCGGGUCUGCCUCCCACGAUGAGCACUGCUCCUGUGAAAUCGAACUCUCCGCGGGAAAUGACCGCCUGUGGUUCGUGAAUCCCAUCUUCAUCGAGGACUGCGGCAGCGCCCUGCCUGCAGACCGGCCACCCCUUCCAAGCUGCCCCUCUGGCCCUUCGCCUGCCACCUCUGACUCUACCUCACCCACCUCCAAGUGGGCCCCUCGCCGCCCAGCACCCCCGCCCCCAGCAGCCCCCCCCCCCUCUCUCAGUCCCCCCAGGCCUCCUCCGCCCCCUGCUCCAGCUCCGGCCUGUCCUUUGUCGAGUUCUCCCCCAGUGGCUUCUCCUCCACCUCCAGAAGCCCUUCCUCCUGCAUCCCCAGCAUCUGACCCCGACCUGGCACCCCAGGCCCUAGGCCCCCCAGACCAUCCACGCCAGCUACCUAUGACAGCCUGUGAGAGGCUCCCAUGCCCCCCCACAGGCCUGGGCCCCCUCAGGGAAGAAGAGAUGAAACCAGGGGCAGCCCCCAGCCCCUCGCAGCAGGCCCCCGCCCCUCCAGGGCCAGUGAAGAAGGGCAUCCCCGCUGCUCCUCCCAGACGCCGGGUCUCCGAGAAGGUUUCCCUGGAGGACCAGCAUUCAGAGAAGGUGGACAGGGGCACAGCGGCACAGCUGGGUUUUUCCAGGGCAUCCCCACUCUGCCUGCCUCCCCAGGGGACCUCAGACAGUCCUGGGGACAGGCCUCAGAGGACCACAGAGCAUGGACAGGAAGCAGUGGCCAAAGCCAGUGAUCCGGGCAGCCUGCCAGAGUUGUCAAGGAAGACCCGGCAACCACCAGUCCCGCCUCCGAGGAAGAAACGGAUCUCCCGGCAACUGGCCUCCUUUCUCCCGAGCCCCUUGGAGAGCGCCGAGCUCUCCACCGAGCGCAUAGCCCCUGAGAAGCCCACCCCCGGCCUACCCAGAGAAGGCCAAAGCCCGGCCUCCCAAGCCGGGACUCCAAGCCCACAGGCCCAGGCCAGCAGCCGGCCCCAGAGCACUCCAGAGUUCAAGGGCUCCCUGGCCUCCCUCUCGGACAGUGUGGGCAUACCCGCCUCGGCCACAGACCAAGACUCCUACUCAACCAGCAGCACAGAGGAGGAGCUGGAGCAGUUCAGCAGCCCCAAUGUGAAGAAGAAGCCCUCCAUGAUCCUGGGCAGGGCGCGGCACCGCCUGAGCCUCGUGAGCUUCACCAGCGUCUUCCAGGCCUUUCUCUCCAACGACCGCAAGCUGUACAAGAAGGUGGUGGAGCUGGCUCAGGACAAGGCCUCCUACUUCGGCAACCUGGUGCAGGACUACAAAGUGUACAGCCUGGAGAUGAUGGCGCGCCAGGCCUCCAGCACGGAGAUGCUGCAGGAGAUCCGCACCAUGAUGACGCAGCUCAAGAGCUACCUGCUGCAGAGCACGGAGCUCAAGGCGCUGGUGGACCCCGCCCUGCACUCUGAGGAGGAGCUGGAAGCAAUUGUGGAGUCUGCCUUGUACAAGUGUGUCCUGAAGCCCCUGAAAGAAGCCAUCAACGCAUGCCUACGUGAGAUCCACAGCAAGGACGGCUCGCUGCAGCAGCUCAAGGAGAACCAGCUGGUGGUCCUGGCCACCACCACCACUGACCUGGGCGUGACCACCAGUGUGCCGGAGAUGCCCGUCAUGGAGAAGAUCCUGCAGAAGUUUGCCAGCAUGCACAAGGCCUACUCACCAGAGAAAAAGAUCUCCAUCCUUCUCAAGACCUGUAAGCUCAUCUACGACUCCAUGGCGCUCGGCAACCCAGGGAAGCCCUACGGGGCAGACGACUUCCUGCCCGUGCUCAUGUAUGUGCUGGCCCGCAGCAACCUCACGGAGAUGCUCCUCAACGUGGAGUACAUGAUGGAGCUCAUGGACCCUGCCCUGCAGCUGGGGGAAGGUUCCUACUACCUGACCACCACCUACGGGGCCCUGGAGCACAUCAAGAACUACGACAAGAUCACCGUGACCCGGCAGCUGAGCGUGGAGGUGCAGGACUCCAUCCACCGCUGGGAGCGCCGGCGCACGCUCAACAAGGCCCGGGCCUCUCGCUCCUCCGUGCAGGACUUCAUCUGCGUGUCGUACCUAGAGCCGGAGCAGCAGUCGCGGACACUGGCGUCGCGGGCGGACACGCUGGCCUCGGCGCUGUGCGCACAGUGCGCAGAGAAGUUCGAGGUGCUGCAGCCGCAGGACUACCGGCUCUUCGUGCUGGUCGAGGGGCGCUGCUUCCAGCUGGCGGACGAGGCGCUGCCGCAUCACAUCAAGGGCUACCUGCUGCGGAGCGAGCCCAAGCGCGACUUCCACUUCGUGUACCGGCCGCUGGACUGCGGGGGCAGCGGGGACCCGCCCUGCCUCGUGGUGCGGGAGCCCAACUUCCUGUGAGCCAGGCUACCGCAGCCCCCUCCAUGGCAGUGUUGACUGAGACUGGCUGGGCGGAGAAGCGGGCAGACUGGGGUCACACUUGCUCACCCCCAUGCUCACACUCCGCGGAACCCCCUCAUACAUGCAGGAGCCCAUCUGAGCACACACACUCCCCACGUGGAUGCCCAUAUGUCACACAUGCUUGCAACCCACUGAGCAUGCCCAGGUUUGUGAAAAUGACAGGAAGCAGUGGUCACAGCACUGGGCGGCCAAGUUACUUGUUAGACAGAAAAGGACAGGCUCGGAGAGAAGGGACUCUCCAGCCAGAUGCAGCAAACAGAGCUCCAGACUGGGCCCUGGGCCACAUAGCCUCUGCCUCCCCCUGCCAUCUGCCCAACCCGAAGUAUUUCUCCUGCACCCCAGGAUGGCGCUGGGAUGUGUUGGAUGCAUCCAAGAUCUCAGGAGUUUCACUCAGGGUGUGUGUUGAAGAGACACACACACCCCCAUCUCUGCAUCAGAGCCUGCCCUCAGCUACCUGCACCCACAGUCUCUCCUGCAGCUCCUGAACGCCUCCAGAAGCAGCCAGACAUGCACGGGGACAUCAGUGAGGCCAGCUCCACAGCUCCAUGGAUGAGGCCAGCCGUGGCUACACAGGAUCAGUGACAGGGCCCUUCCCCCAGUGGGCACCAGGGCAAUCGUGGCAAGAGGCACUGUGUGGGGAGAGUUUAAUA